UAAAAAUCCCCUACACUCGCAAGUUUGUGACAGGGCGAACUAUACGUAAUGUAGAUAAGUGUGGUGCAAGUUCUUAUACCCAGUUUGGUGACAGCUUCCUCCUUGGUGACAACUUUCAUGAAGCUCCGUUGUUGUAAAGCAGUCUGUGUCCAUACAAGGGGAGAAGUGGUGUUUGUGUUAUAUUCAGUCGUCAGCGUGUAGAGAGGUUGGGUAUGAUUGCGCUUACCCAAGCUGAUAUUCUGCAACGAGAAACCACCCUCAGACGUAUAGGGAGAUGGCUGAGCAAAACACGAACGGGAAACCGGAGCAAGGAGAUGCUGAACAGGGCCAGACGGGAGCGGAAAAAGAAGGCACAUGGAUGACGAGGACGGGGAUCAUGGUAGGGAGCGUGGCCAUGGGGAUCCUGAUGGUGGCGUUCGCGUUGCUGUCCUUGGGCCUCACCAUCGCCUUCAUCACUGUGGGCGCCAUCUACAAAUACGAUUGCAAUGUGCAGCCCAUGAUCCCCGUGUGGCUCAUCGUGGAAGGAGUGGUUUCCUGGCUUCUGAGUCUUACGGGGAAACCGGACAAAUCGAAACGCCACACGGAGUACAACCUCGCUAAGCUAUCCUUGACAAUUAUCGUUCAGCUGUUUGCCUUCGGAUGGUUCAUUGUAGGAAACAUAUGGGUGUUCACGGCAUGGGCCAAGAACCCGGACUUCGAGGACUUAACGCAGGAGAACAGCUGUCACAAGGGACUGUUUUACUUGGCUCUCUAUGGCGGCAUCAUCCUCCCUUAUGUCGGUCUCGUUCUCGCACUUAUCUUCAUGAUCUGUAUCUGGGUUUGUACACGCAUAGCCGUGAAAAAAAUGACUGCGAACUAAUCGAUAAAAGGAAGAAUGUUUGGUGAUAGUGUGUUAUAUUUUAUAACAGGUGACAUAUUUUUAUAUGCUAUAUAACAUAUUUUACAUAUAAUUGUCAUGGUUAUUGAUUUUUAUUAACCGUACAUGGGGCUGUACAUGUAUGACCGUCUCGCAGUUGGGUAGGGGUAGUUUAGGGGGGGAGGGGGCGUUGGAUUUGUCGAAAAUGAGUUAUACCCAUUUCCACACGUAUACUAAUAACCUACGCGAAUAUAAACCUCCGCGAAGAAAAAGUCGGCAACGAGUCCAAGGCAAUUGCGUGCGGCGUCGGCAAUUUUUGCAUGUAUGUAUUUAUCCUUUUCUGGAACUAGAUUAUAACAUUAUAUUUUGACAUCAUCUACUGAAAUUCGUCAAUGGUGAUGUGUUUUAUAAUAAUAAAUUCCUCUCAAUUUGAAGGUCUUAUGAUGAAAAAAAAAAAAUAAAAAAAUCAUCAUCCAACUUUUCAUGUUUUUUUUUCGUUAUAAAUGUGGUAUACAUGAUUCGACUUAGACAUAAACCCUAUAUAUAACUUCAGGGUUCCACAAUAAUGCCACCCGCUGAGGCUGUACGGACAACAAAAAUUGUACGUUUUUAUGUUCAUUGGAGCCCCCCAAAUCGAGAUACGCAUUAUAGUAAUAAUGUAGUUACAUUUAAAUAAAUAUAGACGACUGAAAAAUAUAAACACUAAAAAUCUUACAUAAAACAAGCGAACCGCUUGCUACUCAAACCGUUUCUGGUUAUCUCUGCACUUGUACACAUGUUCACGCA